UGGGGUGGGAGGACCUCGGCAACCCCCUUUUGGCAUUGACAAUCCGUCUGCGACAGUUGGGUUGCUAAUCGGCAGUGGCAAAGAGUGGGUCGCAAUUUUUUUUCUGCUACGUAAACGUCGCGAUUUUUGAUUUGGAAAAACAGUUGAGUUGGUGCUGGUGUGGACGAGUGAGUGGUGAUCAUGUUGGAGUUUUAUCCGCAUCACAUGAACCUGAAUCCGGCCAUGCUGCCGGAACAUGGAGGCACGAUGACCGGCCCUGAGUGCAAUGGCAGAACAGAACUCCCGAAUCCUGCAGCCUUAAUCAAACGCGAACAGACGCAGGACAGUUGCGAAGGCUGCGGACGCAAAAUCCACGAUCGCUACCUGAUGCGAGUGAGCGAUGCGAGCUGGCACGAGCACUGUUUGUGCUGCAGCGUGUGCGGAAGUCUGCUCGCCCACUCGUGCUACACUCGCAACCUGAAGCUCUACUGCAAGGCUGACUAUGAUAGAAUAUUCGGGGUUAAAUGCUCGAGAUGCGGCGACCGAUUGCUGCCCCAAGAGAUGGUGAUGCGAGCUCAGCAACACGUCUACCACUUGCCUUGCUUCGUUUGUGUCGUGUGUUGUCAACCUCUUCAAAAAGGUGAACAAUUUGUUUUGCGCGCUGGGCAGCUUUUCUGCAGACAGGACUUUGAAAAAGAGCUCUAUCUCAUGCAGCAGGCCCAUAGCGGGGACGAAGACCUGCUGGAUGAAAACAGCAGGCCGCGGGACGGCAGGCGAGGCCCUAAAAGGCCGCGAACCAUCCUCACAUCGGCCCAAAGGCGGCAAUUCAAAGCCUCUUUCGAGGUCAGCCCGAAGCCCUGCCGCAAAGUGCGAGAAGCGCUCGCCAAAGAUACUGGCCUGAGUGUCAGGGUGGUGCAGGUGUGGUUCCAAAACCAGCGGGCCAAGAUGAAGAAAAUCCAAAGGAAGCAGAAGCAGGAGGAUGGGAAGUCGCCCAGCGACAAGGAGAAGAGCGACAAGGAGGAUAAAAAUAUCAAACAAGAGUCAAGUCCGGCUAGUAGUGAGUUUGGGCUCGGGCUGGGCUAUGGAAGCUCUGGGCAGCCCCUAAACCCCAACAUGCCCUACUCGCCAGAUGAUAACUACCCAGCGCAUUCAGGCGAAUCGUUCUGCAGCUCGGACAUAUCUUUGGAUGAUAGCACGAACUUUGACCAUCUGGAUGAAGCCACUUCGGACACGAUUUCGCUACAGAACUUGGAAUUGCAGUCGCAAUCACACCAUAGCGACAACGUCCCAUCCAGUGUGGCCAAUCCUAUCGACAAGCUCUACCUCAUGCAGAACUCGUACUUCAGCACUGAGCAGUAAAAUCGGCUCCUCAUCUGGCCUUGUUU